AAGCAGACGGCGUUGGGCUGAUGCGGAGUGAGUGGCUUGGCUCUCGUCCCUCCGUUUAAAAAGCGAUUAAUAAUCAACAGCAAAAUGUCACUUUUAAACAUAACUAUCCUUUUAUACCUCAUCAUAACUGUAUAUAAAUUAGAUGUUUGUUAUAGUUAUCAAGGUCCAAAGUUCGUGCGUGAACCCCCUAACAGAGUGGUUUUCCUUAAUACAACGGGGACAAUUAUAAGUUGCUUAGUGAAAGGUAACCCAAUGCCAACAGUAACUUGGAUCAAAAGAGAUGAUACUUUGAUUAGUGACUUACCUGGUUUAAGACAUGUUAAACCCGAGGGAUCGCUUGUAUUUCCACCAUUUCAAGCAGAGGAUUAUAGACAAGACGUACACGAUACUGUAUAUAAAUGUUUAGCAACUAGUUCUGUUGGAAAAAUUGUGAGCAGGGAAGUUCAAGUGCGAGGAGUUGUAUUACAAGAUUAUCAAGCCCAUGUAUAUGACGAAUUUGUCAUUCGUGGCAACACGGCAGUGUUAAAAUGUCAAGUUCCGGCAUUCGUAAAGGAGUUCAUGGUCGUGUCUUCGUGGACACGUGAGGACGGUCUAGUUAUUUUGCCACGAUCUAAUCCAGAUACAAAAUAUCUUAUGAUACAUGAUGGCGAACUACACAUCAGGAAUGCUGACAGAGCUGACAGUUUAAAGAAAUAUGAAUGUAAUAUUCGGAACAUCCUUUCUGGUGAAGACAAGAAAAGUUCUACCACCGGACAACUAAUAGUAACAGAUCCGACUGGUUCGAUCCCUCCCCGCAUAACCAAUGGAAGGCUUACUGUAGAAACAUUUGAAGAAAGAGCAGUGGAACUCCCUUGUGCUGCACAAGGUUAUCCUGUGCCCAUUUAUAGAUGGUACAGGAACGAAGAUAGUCAGCUUAUACCGGUUCAUUUAGGGGAAAGAAUGUUUCAAAUAGAUGGAACGCUAUUCAUUUCAAGAACUAUACAGCAAGAUAGUGGAAAAUACGUAUGCGUUGUAUCAAAUAAUGUCGGUGAAGAAAGAACAGAAACAGUUCUUUCUGUUAAAGGCAACUUGUCAGUCUGGUUACAUCCUGAUCCUUUAACGGUCGAAGCCGGAAGAUCAGUGACUUUCAACUGCUCGAUAACCGGUUAUCCAAUCAAUUCUGUGAUCUGGUUAAAAGAUCAAAGACAUCUGUUACCCAACACUAGAAUUCGUCUAAUAUCUAAUCGUUUGUUGCACAUCACUUCUGUUCAGAGAUCAGACCAAGGAAUGUAUCAAUGUUUUGUAUAUAACGAAUGGCAGUCAGCACAAGGAACGGCGCAACUAACCUUAUCAGAAGAUGCUCCACACUUUUCUUUCACUUUUUCUAAGAAGAUAUUAGCUCCAGGUAGAAGAUUGGCUCUUAGAUGUACAGCAAUUGGAAAUCCAUUACCAAGAGUAACAUGGACACUAGAUAACAAAGCAAUUCCAGAAAAUCACCGUGUGCAAUAUGGAGACUUUGUUAGUGUAUCGAGCGAAGUUGUCAGUUUUGUCAACAUUAGCAGCGUUAUGAGGGAAGACGGUGGCGUAUAUCAAUGUAAAGCUCAAAAUGAUGCUGGUUAUGUUGUUCACGCUGAAAGAAUAGAUAUCAUCGGACCACCUUAUAUUAGACCAAUGGGAAACAUUACUGUAGUAGCUAAAGAGACUCUGUUGUAUAGAUGCCCUGUAUCGGGCUAUCCAACACCAUCUGUGAUCUGGAAGAAAGACGGAAGAGAACUGCCUUUAAACGAAAGACAACAAGUCUUUUCUAAUGGGACUUUAAUUCUUAAUGAUAUCGCUAGAGAAACUGAUGAAGGUACAUAUACCUGCUUGGCUAACAAUAAAAAGGGAGAAGAGACCAGAGCCGACUUAAUCAUUAGAGUGACAAAAAAACCGGUCAUAAAUUCCUUUAGUUUUCCUAACGUUCUGGCUGAAGGAAUGAGAGUUAUUGCAACAUGCAACGUUCUGACAGGCGAUCCACCAAUAACUAUCCGAUGGUUGAAGGAUGAGUUUCCAUUAAACAGAGAGUCUUUGAAUGUUGAGGAAUCGUCUCUUCGAGACUUUGGUUCUUCUCUCGUCUUUAAUAGUGUGGGAAGAUCUCAUAAUGGCAACUAUACGUGUGUUGCUAGUAAUGAGGCUGGAACGACUAAUUAUACGGCCGCAAUGGUAGUAAACGUACCUCCUCGUUGGAAAAUAGAACCUACAGAUAUGUCUGUAGUAGUGGGAGAUCUGGUAAUUUUCGACUGUCAAGCCGAAGGAUAUCCCCCACCUUUGAUAAGAUGGAAAAAAGCUAUAGAUGAAACUUCGAAGAGAAAUUUCAAAUCAAUUAUCAGUAAUUAUCAUAUACAGACACUAGAAAACGGUUCACUUAGUAUUAAUAAUGUAGAGAUUAAAGAUUCUGGACAAUAUCUAUGCGAGAUAACUAACGGUUUUGGAGCCGAGCUCAGUACAGUUGUACGAUUAUCCGUUCAUGUCGCUGCUCACUUUAAAACGAAUUUCUUAGUCCAACGUGUCCCUAAAGGAAGUGUACUUAACAUACAAGCCGAAGCCUACGGUGAAAGACCCAUUAAUAUCGAGUGGCGUAAAGAUAAAGUUUAUAUAAAAUCUUCGGUGGAUACUAGAUACAUAAUUAAGGAAAACAUUACAACAGAAGGGCUGCAGUCGGUUUUGACAGUUAAUCGAGCUGAUCGAAAAGAUUCUGGUGUGUACUCGUGUCUCGCCACUAAUGCCUACGGAAAAGAUGAAUUAAAGAUACAAGUAUUAGUGGAAGAACCACCCGAUCCUCCUACAGACGUUCGAGCUACAGAUGUAAAUAGUAGGAGUGCAACUUUGCGUUGGAAUGUUGUUUAUAUAGGAAACAGCCCGAUAGAAAAGUUUUUUGUAGAAUGGAAACUAGCUUCAGAUCCACCAAGUACUCCAGUGCUACGUAUAUCAUCAUCAUCUUCUUCUUCCGUUGUAUUAUCUUGGGAAAUAAAGCGUGAUAAUCCAAUUAACGAACCACCCGAUCCUCCUACAGACGUUCGAGCUACAGAUGUAAAUAGUAGGAGUGCAACUUUGCGUUGGAAUGUUGUUUAUAUAGGAAACAGCCCGAUAGAAAAGUUUUUUGUAGAAUGGAAACUAGCUUCAGAAUCAUGGACAUCAGCUUUCGAAAAAGAAAUAUCUGGUUCAAAUAUGACAAUGGUUAUAAAUAAUUUACGCCCAGUAACUAAUUAUCAUUUUAGAGUUUACGCGUCGAACGCAUUAGGAAAAAGUUCUCCAAGCGAUGUUCACUCGUUAACAACAGAAGAGGAAGUGCCAAGUUUACCUCCAACUAAUCUUGAAGCAACUCCAUUAAAUUCUCACAGCAUUAGAGUUUCAUGGAAGGUAGUUAGUGACAGAAUCAUAGUCUUGAGGAUGCAGGGAAAACCAGUCAAUCUGUCAAUCAUUCAAGUUUAUGCUCCUACUACAGAAGCGACAGAAGAAGAAAUUGAAGGGUUUUAUGAAAAGCUUCAAGAAACAGUUAAUAAUUUACCAAAAAAAGAUGCACUCUUUAUUCUUGGUGACUGGAAUGCAAAAGUAGGAAAAGAAGAGACUCCAGGACAUGUUGGAAGAUAUGGUCUUGGGAAAAGAAAUGAUGCUGGGAUACGACUAGUGGAAUUCUGCAUUUCAAAUAACCUCUUUAUUGCAAAUACAUAUUUCCAAUUACAUAAACGAAGACUAUAUACAUGGACAUCACCAGAUGGAAAUUAUAAAAAUCAAAUUGAUUAUAUAAUAGGUAGCAAGAGAUGGAGGAAUGCAAUCAAAUCAGCAUGUACCAGACCGGGUGCUGACUGUGGGACUGAUCAUGAACUCCUUAUCUCAAAAAUAUCAUUACAUUUGAAAGCUAAGAAAAAAGGAAGUGAAAUAAUGGGAUGUUAUGCUAGAGAUAUCACCCCAUCUUACAUCUCAGAAAUAAAAGAAGGUCUCAAAACAAUUAAUACAUCAGGAAAGAAACCUGAUGAAAACACACAUGGAAAGGAUUUAAUGGAAGAAAGUGAAAUAAAGAGAAGAUGGAAAGAAUAUACAGAACAACUUUAUAAAGCAGAUAAUAACAUAGAAGAAAUAAUUGAAGGAAGACAUUUUACUUUGGAACCAUCAAUUUUGAAGGAAGAAGUGGAAUGGGCAAUCAACCAAAUUUCAAUUGGGAAAGCAGCAGGAACUGACGGAAUUCCAGUGGAACUGCUCAAAGCAGCUGGAGAGGAAGGAAUUAGAAUACUAACAAAGCUAUGCCAACAAAUAUGGGAAAAGAAGGUUUGGCCAAAGGAGUGGAAGCAAUCCAUUUUUAUACCAAUCCCAAAAAAUGGCAAUGCAAGAGAAUGUUCCAACUAUAGAACAAUCGCACUAAUUCCCCAUGCAAGUAAGAUUCUGUUAAAAAUAAUACAGAAGAGAAUUGAGCCAUAUUUAGAAAGAGAAUUGCCACUGGAACAGGCUGGAUUUAGAAAGGGAAGAGGAACUCGCGAUCAAAUUAGCAACAUCAGAUGGAUUCUAGAAAAGGCAAAAGAGUACCAGAAGGACGCCUUCUUUUGUUUUAUAGACUAUAGUAAAGCCUUCGAUUGUGUGGAUCACUCCAAGUUAUGGAAAGUACUCAGGAGCAUGGGAAUUCCUGAACACCUUAUAUCUUUAUUGAUGAGUCUUUACAAUGAACAAGAAGCAAAAGUAAGAACUCUAUACGGAGAAACUGAAUGCUUUAAAAUUGAGAAAGGGGUGCGACAAGGCUGCAUUUUGUCUCCAUAUCUGUUUAACUUAUAUACUGAAUAUAUCAUGAGAAUGGUUACUACAAAUGAAGAGUCCAUUGGUAUCAAGAUUGGAGGCGAAACUAUUAAUAAUAUAAGAUAUGCAGAUGAUACCACCCUUUUGACAGAAAGCAAAGCAGAUUUAGAAAAACUUAUCAUAAGGGUAAAAGAAGAAAGUGCUAAAUUUGGUUUGAAGCUAAAUGUAAAGAAAACUAAAGUAAUGUCAACUAAAGAGUUAAAAGAUUUCAUUGUGGAUGGUGAAAGAAUUGAAGUGGUAGAAAGUUACAUACUUUUGGGCUCAAAGAUAGAAAGGAAUGGAAGUUGUGAAGGAGAAAUCAGGAGGAGAAUUAAUCUUGGCAGAACAGCCAUGGCAAAUCUCACCAAGAUAAUGAAAGAUAAAGACAUUUCCAUUCAUACUAAGAAAAGAAUUGUAGAAGCAAUGGUUUUCCCUGUAACAUUAUAUGGCUGUGAAAGCUGGACUCUAAGGAAAAAGGAAAGAAAAAUGAUAGAUGCAUUCGAAUUAUGGGUAUGGAGAAGAUUACUUAGAGUUCCAUGGACAGAAAAGAAAACAAAUAUCUCAAUUUUAGAAAAAAUUAAGCCAAGCUUCUCCUUAGAGUCAAGAAUCUUAAAACAAAAAUUGACCUACUUUGGACAUGUGAUGCGUAAAGAAGUUUCCCUAGAGAAGACUAUUAUGCUGGGAAAAGUGGAAGGUAGAAGGAAGAGGGGAAGGCAACGGAUAAGAUGGAUGGAGGAAAUAGAGAAAGUCACAGAAAUGAAGCUGGAGGAGCUACGAGAGACAACAAGGGAAAGAUCAAGAUGGAGAAGACUUGUCCAUGAAUAUACAAUAUUAUAUAAACAAGAGAAUGGCCAGUGGGAGGAGAUGGAUGUACCUGGAGACCAAUUAUCUUACACUCUUCAAAAUCUUCAGUGUGGUACUCGUUAUCAGUUUUACAUGUACGCUUAUAACGAGAUAGGAAAAAGUGAUCACAGUGACAUAACAAGCGUCACCACACUCGGAGGAGCUCCUGUCGCUCCAGAUAAGAAGCAUUUAUUGUACGUCAACACUACGUCUGUGUUGGUAAAACUCAAUGCUUGGCAUAAUGGAGGUUGUCCUAUCUCGUCCUUCACUAUCCAAUACAAACAACGUGGUCAGAGGGAGUGGACACUCGUUUCAAACAGCAUUCUUCCUGUCGAAAACAAUUUCCUGUUACCAGGUCUUCAGCCUGCUACAAGGUACAACCUCUUGAUGUCGGCUCACAACGAGGCAGGAACCACAGAAGCCGAGUUUGUUUUUGGAACACUCACCUUAACUGGUGCUACUCUGUCUCCGGCAUUAAAUGAAGGAAACGAAGGAACGUCUUUCUACAAGAACUUGUCCAUUAUAAUCCCAAUUGUCUGCGCUAUAGUUGUAUUACUGGUGAUUACAGUUGUAGUACUCAUAGCUUGCGUUAAAAAAAGUAGAAAUUCUGAAUAUGGUACAACUUCUCAAGAAUCCGAUCGCCGUGCAGACCCGAAGGGAGAUAGCAUUUCUAUGGCUUCUGUUGGAAAGAAGCUAUACGAAACACCGAGGGAACCUCUUUAUUAUCCUUCUCCUUAUGCAACAACGAGAAUAUCUAUGUAUUCUGGUGAUAGCGAAUCGUCUUCAGGACAAACUAAUAGCUUGCAAAGACAUGUAGGGAAUAGGCCAGAGCAUACUUACGACGUACCUUUUCCUCCCAAACAGUUUUGCAAUCAGACUAGAUGUUCUUCAGUCUCUCAUGAUUAUCAAACGGUUUUUGCAGAUGGUGGACAAUAUCUUACAGCUUCUGAUAAUAGGCAAGAUCCCACAAAAUCCCAUAGGAUAAAUCACGAGGAUAGACACGAGCGAUAUCAAACCCACAGGAUUACAGAACCAACACGAAGACACAAUUCUAUGAAUAACUCUCGAGAUACAUAUACCGAUAGUGGAUCGGAAGACGACAGCAACAGCGAAGAAAUGGCGAAAAGACAUUUUACUGCCAACGCGACAGAUAACCAUGAAAUGUCAGAAGCAGAAUGCGAUAGAGAUUAUCACUGCAACUUGAAAAAAGGAAAGAACGCUUCGCAAUUUUCAUUCGUCAAACUACGAUUCGACACUGUCCACAACUAGACAACAAUGACUGUUGCUAUAUAAAAAAAUUAAAAAGAAAUUUGAUCGAAAUGUUUGAUAAUACAGUAAAUUGGCCAACAUUUCUAGGAGUUUUAUUUAAUUUGUCAAGUUUCGUUUAUAAAAUUCAGAAGAAGGAAAGACGAGCUGCAUGUUUUGUGCCUUGGAUCUUCGAGAGAAAACUUUGUACGAUUGUAAACAUUUACUGAUAAAGAAAAUAUUUAAAAAAAGAUGUAUUUGCCAUUAUCAACGUUUGCAGAUAUACCUUGUAAUGAUAUUACAAUUUUAAUGUUUAUAGUAACUCGCGAUAUCUUCGUCAUUAAAAAAAAUGUGUAAUACCGAUCAAGUAACAUGUUAAUAAAUGUCAGAAAUUUUAUUACUGUCCAAGUCUACUUUUUAUGGAUAAUUUAAUGAGCAUCUCUCAAUAUUUUAAAAAAUAGCACUAAAUUAUUUAUAAUAUAAA